AUGCUUUCUGGGGCAGGUUAUAGCCACUAUGAGAUCAGUAGCUACUGCAAGGAUCGGUAUGAGUGCAAGCACAAUCUCACCUACUGGCUGAACAGAUCUUUCUAUGGAUUUGGCCUUGGAUCUGCAAGCUACAUCAAUGACAUGAGGUUUUCAAGGCCAAGAAGAUUGAAGGAGUACGAGGAAUGGGUGCACAAGUUGGAAGAUGGAUUGGUAGUGCUUCAUGAGGACAUCAGUGUCGACACAAAGGACAUGUCAAUGGAUGUUGUGAUGCUGUCCUUGAGAACGGCAAAAGGUCUUGACCUGAGGGGCUUUGCAAAAUGCUUUGGGAAGAGCCUGGCACGCUCUUUGUGCCAAGCCUUGAGGCAGUAUGUAGAGAGUGGGCAUGUGGUUGUCAUGGAUGAUGAUAGAAAUACGUUGUCUUACCCUGAGUUUGAGUUGAAGAUGAGUGAGGAUAAUGAUGAAAUGGGUAAUGGAGUUGCAUCCAUUCGGCUCAGUGAUCCAGAUGGUUUCCUCCUGUCUAAUGAGUUGAUAUCCAUUGCAUUUGGAAUUAUAUCUCCAUAA